AUUCCUCAACAUGGCGGUCGAAGAGCACGAGGAAGAUGAGGAGUCGAAGAAAGAUUGUCAACAAAAACAGCCUGUUAAGCUCAGCCACAAACAGUUUAGAAGGCUUGUCAAAAAGGAGAGACGGCGCCAGAAAAGACAAGAAGCAGCUAAGAAGAGAGAACAGGUGGAACUUGAAGAAAAGUGGAGAAUAGAAAAUGAUCCCAUAUUAAGGGCUAAGGUAGAGGCAAAGGAAAGAGCGGAAAAGAAGAGAUUGUUGGAAGAAGAAGAGGAAAGAAAAACUCAGCAUCGCUUGUGGUUGGAAAGGGAAGCUAUUGCACAAGAAAGAUUCAGAAAGAAAAAAGAGGAUGAAGACAGAAAGUUGAGAGAAAAAUUGGAACAAGAGGAAAGAAUCAAGAGAGAGUGGGAAGAGGAACAGAAAAGGGAGAAGGACAAGGAAGAAAGGAAACAACAGGAAAUCAAAGAGAAAGAGGAUGCCUUAUUCAGGGAGUUGGACAAACCAUCAACUUCUGAGAGUAAUGGUCCUUGGCAUAAUCCUCUGGCACCACGUUCGGGUGACAGUAAAUCCUACGGCACAGAACAAGAUACAGUGAAUUGUUCAUUUUAUCUGAAGACGGGAGCCUGUAGAUUCGGAGAAAGGUGUUCCAGGCACCACCCUCGACCCAACUCCAGUGUAACUCUAAUGAUUCCUGGCAUGUACAACGACAUUCGUCUGUCUCAAUCCAUGCUUGACGAGGCUGACCAAGAUACAAGUUUAGAGUACGACGAAAGGGAUACUUUUGAAAGUUUCAAGCAGUUUUACCAAGACACUUUGCCGGAGUUUAGAAAGGCUGGCACUGUUGUACAAUUUAAGGUGUGUUGUAACUUCGAGCCUCACUUGAGAGGGAAUGUCUACGUGCAGUUUUCUAGUGAAGAGGAAUGCGCCAAAGCCUAUACAAUGUUUAACGCCCGUUGGUAUGCAUCAAAGCAGCUCUCAUGUGAAUACUCUCCUGUCACCAAGUGGAAGUCAGCAAUAUGCGGACUUUUUGGGCGCAACCGAUGUCCAAGAGGCAAAAACUGCAACUUCCUGCAUGUGUACCGCAACCCAGGAGAUGAGUUCGAUUACAGAGAGGACUUGUCACCAACCCGCACCCCAUUCAACGGUGGCCGGGCUUCCGAGAGAUCCGAGAGAAGCUGGUGGCGAGAUCACUGGAGAAGACGCAGAGAUCUAAAUCGAGACAGAUCGCGGGAUAGAGACUGGGAACAAGACAGGCACAGAAAGCGAUAUGAUAGGGACCAGAGCCGAGAGAGAGAUGAUGAACGCGGCCGGCAUCGGAGAAGAAGUAGGGAGAGAGAGCGCAGUAAACAAACAGACAAAGAAGAGAACAGAGAACUAAGAACAAAAAGGAGAAGCUACAGUGAUGACGACGAAAGCGAAGGGGAAACAGAAAACAAUGAAAGACUGUCUCCUAAUGUUGGUGAAAGUAAUACAGAAAUUGGCAGCAGGGACGGUGAGCAGCAACACGAACUAACAGAGAAGCCAGCAGACCGAAAGCGGAAGCAUCAUUCAUCGGACAAGCACAGCCAUCGGCGAAAAUCCAAGAAGAAACACAAACACAAAAGCGAACGGAAGAAAAAGAAAAAACGACGCUACAAGAGUGAGAGCGAAACUAGCAGUACAGAAAGCGACAACGAUCAGGAUGAACAUUAGUUUUUCGUUUAAAUUAUGUACCAGAAACUCGUUCUUCAACGAAGUAAUAGAAUUUAUGUUCUCGUUGUCGGGCACUCGGUGAUCAGUUGCCGGGAAGGUUUGGUUACCAAUUCUCAGUGGUCCUAAUGAGGUGAACGAUUGAAAUAGUUUCCCAUUUCAUUUUACAACCGACGAUGACCAAAAGUAGAAGCCUUAUUUCUACUGAAUUACGCUAAUCAAAAAGGAAACUGAUAGUUUGCUGUUUUUCAUAGCUGUUGUAAUACUCUGAUUAAUUUGUGGCGGUGCGCAGUUUGUGGCCACGCCUAGUUUUCAGAAAUGUGUGGUUUUUGCUUGUGAGAGAAAUUAGAGCGUACGAAGUGGUUCGCAGUGGAUGCCGCAUCCGGUACCAAGUUGGGCGUAAUUUGAUCCUGUUUGUGAACAAAAAAGUUAUCUUUUACGCAAAUGCAAGCAUAAAACUGUACCUGUUCUCUGGACUAUUCUUGUACUGUUAUUUCACUUGGAAAGUUUAUUUAACGCCUCUAUAUGCGUUAAAUUCCAAGGAGGGGCCACAUUUAAAGCAGCGUCCAUUAUUCAGCGGUUAACACGGAACAACGGUGCCAGAAUUUUUGUAGUGUCUAAUUUCGGGUCUUGGCUCUUGGCUCUUGGUUUCUUCAGACUGUCCUGGAUUUCGGAUGGUGCUUCAUCAUGGGUGACACCAAAGGGUACUGCCAAUUCUGGGAAGGUAGAUAAGUUUGGGCAGCAUCUUGUUAUGCCUUAGAUAUGGGUGGGCGAUAAGCUUCGGUUCCCAUCCUGGGUUUCAGUAGCUUUUUUUGUCUAGUAACACCUAAUAAAUAGGAAAAUCUAUUGAAUCGUUCACGUAUUGUCGCAAUAUGCUCGACAAGAAUACGUCUCGAUAACGUUCAAUGAAAAUGUUGGACCACACUUAAUUGACCUCUAUUUCUUCACUGUUAAGCUCAGUGAUGUCAAACAGGGAAUUUUAUUAACAAAGUGUUUGGAAUCAGGGCUAUAGUCAAAUCGUUCAAACAUAACUAAAUUUUGUUUUGUUUUUUUGUUUCAUUGAUUUGCUUGGUGCUUGGACACAAUUCCCUAUUGACAUACUACUAGGUGGGGGGAAAGGGGGGGAAAAAAACAUUUAUAUAUCCCUUGAAUUCCUGAACCCUCCUUAGAAAUUAUGAUGAUACUUAUCAUGAUGUUCUCAUAACAAGCAGAAUGUUGGUAAAUUUUUGCAUUGAUGUUCAUUCAAAUAAAUGGAAACAUGUUUUGAUUACUCUA